AUCUCGGGGGCGGUGUCGGACUUACAAGUUGCCUAUCAUUUUGGCGCCGACCAGCCAAGCGCUUCUCCAAUAAAAGUGACAGAUUCCUGACUAUUAACUUAAAAUAGGGCAGAGAAAAAGGUUAGACACAAUCAUGCCCAUCACCCUCAGGCUUGACGAUAAAACUGCCCCUCGGGAGGUCGUCGCCACCCCGCUAAGUGCGGCGGCCUUUGCCCCGUUCGGCGACGUGGUGCAGAACCCACGGCAAGACAUCCACCCGUCAAGCUUCACACCCGCCCGCCAGGAUGCACCACACAAUCCGGUGGCGGCAAACCAGGGCUUCGCCAUCAAGUACCAGCACCCGACGCGGCCGCUGAACCUGUACGCCCAGGCGCCGAGCCAGGAGCCUGGCGCCGCCGUCGUCAACGUCUUUGUGUGCGCGGCUCGCAAGAUCGACGAUGAUGUCGGGUUUCCCAUCCAGGUGCUGGAGCGGCACCCCUUCACCACGCAGACCUUCACGCCGAUGUCCCGCGAUGGUUCCGACGUGAGGUACCUCGUCAUUGUUGCGCCCAGCUUGGAGGCUGGUGCUGCGGACGAGGGCCUGCCGGUGCCCUCGUCAUCUGGGCCAUCGUGGACUCAUCCCGGUAGGGGCCUGCCCGACCUCGGUCGGCUCCAGGCCUUCAUCGCGACGGGCAGCCAGGCGGUGACUUAUGGGGCUGGAACUUGGCACGCGCCCAUGGUUGCCUUGGGGCCGGAAGGUACGAGUGUCGAUUUCUUCGUGACGCAGUUUGCCAAUGGGGUUGCGGUCGAGGACUGUCAAGAAGUUGUAUAUGUUUACGAUGACAAGGCCGGGGAGGCCUCGGCGCUGCAGCGGGCAGUAUCUGUACACUUGCCAACGAAACCGCCGGGUCUCUGGGAGCCUCGCAGUGGAGGCGCGAGACUUUGAAAAGGUGCUUCUGGCGCCCAAGUAGCAAAUUGACAACCUAAUGACAGGAAGACAGGGUGGUCUUGGAAUUCUGCUGAAUGAUGACCUGCAUUCAGAAAGUCGAUAAUACGUAUAAAACUAUUUUAAGUCAAACAUAUAUCAGGACUUAUGACUACACAAUAGCGCAUUGUGGACAGUA